AUGUCUCGCGAAUUCUUAGACGAGAACCAGCGUCGAAAUAUCCCUCUCUACGAUUAUUACGAGGAAGAAGUCGUAGCUGACAACGCUAAUGUUCCCUCCGUCGCCGCAGGCGCAGCGCCGCCCCCGUCCACGCCCGGUUUCCUCGCACCGACCUCAACAGCCCCAGAUGCAGGAAAAUUCAUGUGCUGCGUGAGCACCGAUGACCUUGUCAGCUGGGUCGACAUCCCUGACAUCCUCUCCCAAGACUUGCAAACCCUCUCCCACAGGGGCAUGUACGCGGUGUCGAUGCGGGACCGGGCGCGUAUCGAAGAGUUCGCCAUAAUCAGAGAGUUCGUCGACUGGCUGACGAGCCCUCGAUCGUCGCAGCUCCUCAUCGAGGGUGAUUAUAGCCCGUUGGCUUACAUGUCCGGCCUGUCGCACUUCUGUGUGUCCCUCGAGCGCGUGCUCGCGCGGCGCGCACCUCGUUCCAUCCCGCUGGUCUUUUUCUGCGGGCUGCACACCGAGCUGUUGGGCGACGCCCACACUGGCGGCCGCGCACUGGUCCAAAGCUUCAUCCGCCAGCUGCUGGACUACAUCAAACGCUAUCAGCUGAGCUCCUUCAACGGCGGCGGAAUUCCCUUGCCCUCUUGGGCGAUUCCCAGCAUCCGGGCCGGCGACCUGAGCGCUCUAUGUGUGCUAUUCGAGUCCCUCGUGCGCUUCUUGCCCAGUGGCGUUGCCUUGUAUUGUCUGGUGGAUGGCGUGGCGUUCUUUGAGGGGGACGGAUUUCUGGAGGACCUGACGCGUGUGUUAGAGCCAAUCCUGCAGCUUUCGCGUCAAAGAGAAACGGAUGCCUCUCUCAAGUUGCUGCUUACGAGUCCGACAUUCACGCUGGAGAUGCACCGGUGGUUCCCAUUACAAUCGAGAUUGUCGAUGGGUGGGAUGAGGGGAGGAGGGCCGAUUGCUAACAGCGAGAGACUUGAGCAAGAACUGGCCUCUGCACUUCAAGUUGAGGAUGGGGAGCAAUAA